GAUGUUCGGAGCUUCGGAGCCCGGAGGCUCUGAUUUGUCAGCUGCCGGCUGCUGAGUAAGCCUCCCGCUCCCGAUUUGGCGACUUCUUAAUAAUCCAAUGAUUCAUCCGCUGCUGACUGAUCCGUAUUCUUCUUCUUCUAUACAACUGGCUCGACUCGGCCUUGAUGACAGCGACAGCGAGGUUGAUAUCCGCAUAUUGGCUUGUUCAUCGAUCGAUAGUAGGAUAUUGUGCUUCCAGGUGGGCUAUUUGCAAACACACGCAGACAUACACAGGGACAGGGCCCGCCUACAACCUCCUCCCGUAGCCCCGUUGCUGACUACGCCUCCGCCCGCCGAUUAAAUAACACCUUACUCAUCGCCUCUGCCUCCUCCAUUCGCCACCCACCAAGAUCCUCCAGAGCAAAAAGUAUCUCGAGAGAUCUCCUCGACUUGAUUAUGACCCUGCAGCACGCGCUAGCUCCAGCGCCCCAUCCCCAAAUGCAAGACCUCAAGAACCAAGUCCAGGACCAUGCUGAUCAGGUCCUCCACGACCAGCUCCUGGCUGCCCAAGCCCAACACCUCCAUCAAUCCCACCCUCACCCCCAUUCUCACGCCCACCACGCUCCUCCUCCGCCCCGUCCAACCCCCGGCGCAUCGGCCGCCUCCCCGCGCGACCAAACAAACACAAGUAACGCCAACGCCGCAAACAUCACCAUCGACCCCGCCAUCGCUGGCCCCUCUGCCAUGAUCCCUCCGACUGCUGCGCCGCCCACGGCUCAGGGUCAAGCACCCGGGCCCGACAUCCCCAUGGAAGAUCAUACGGACGGGCGUAAAACUUAUGGCAAACGCGAACUGUCCACCUCCAAACGCGCCGCGCAAAAUCGGGCUGCCCAGAGAGCUUUCCGCCAGCGCAAGGAAGGCUACAUCCGCAAACUCGAAGAACAAGUAAAGGACUACGACCUUCUCGUCGAAAACUACAAGGCCAUCCAGGCCGAAAACUAUCAGUUGCGCGAAUACAUCAUCUCCCUCCAAUCGCGUCUCAUCGAUUCACAAAACGAAGUCCCCGAGCUACCGGGGAACAUUGACCUGUCCCAGCCGCGGAGCGAUCCGCCCGCACCUGCCAUUAACGCCGCUACUACCUCCGCCGCCGGUGCCGCUGGAAACGUUGCUACCACCACUGCUGGCAGUGCAGGGGCAGGUGGGGGCGACCAGGCGGAGGUUAACGCGUUGAACCGCAUUGCCGUGGCUGGGCUUGGAAUGCGGAAACACCAGCAUGAGGAGGCCGCGUUUUUAGGGAAUAAUACCAACGAUAACACUGCGGGCAAUAAUGCCAAUGUCGGCGGCGCGAAUGUGAACGUGAAUAAUGGGAAUAUGAAUGUAAAUCCGGAGGCAGAUUCGCCGUCAAAGAGGAUGCGGUUUGAUGGGUUGCCGGAUGUGGGGAUGGGCGUUGGCAUUGGGGAUGGUGUUAAGGGGGAUGUCACGUCGUGACCAUGGCCGUAACUGUGAUGUGGUCGCUGUGGCAGCACGGUAAAUUUGGAGAUCAGGCGGGAUCCAUUUCUCUUUUCCCCUUCUCCCGUUUUGUGUAUAUCACAAAUGUGGCAUGGUAUCCCCAACACAACCCUGCCCACCUGCCCAUGCCCAUACCCAUACCCAUCCCGUUUCAAAUCUCCUGGCCUAAUACUUGUCCUGUAAUCCCUCUUUGGCGUUUGGAGGUAUAUUUGUUUUUCCUUAUUCUUUUCCUCACGUCUGGUUUGUCCAAUCAAAUUUAUCCUAUCGCGUGUCCCAUCUCAUCCUUGUCUGGCACACAACAUAUCCAUCCCGGCUCGUUUUCAUUGUUCAUUUUCUCCUUUACUUAUAUUUUGGUACUACCGGCUAUCCCCUUCCUGCUAACACCCAGUGGAAUCUGGUAUAUCCGUUCCUGUUCAGCGUUCUCCACCCCUACCUUCUUACCCUCCAUAUGUAAUCGCUUCACCCCGAUAAUUCUGUUUCCCUGUUCUGGCUGGUUUCCUUCUCCUGUUGCGCAGGUGUUUGUUCCAUUUCCUUUCGCCUAGCCUGUCUGUUGUAAGUACUUGUGCACGUAUGUAUCUAUCUAUUGGAUCUGAGCAUCCCGCGUUUGAUCUGCUCUCCGGCUCUAACGCCGGCUCGAGCUCUUGAGAGCCAUGACUUCUGGAGUGCGUGGGAGGGAGCUUGGCGUCUGCUGCGGCGUUUGGAGGGCAUUAUGUUAUGUUUCUUUUGUCACUAGCUUUAUUAGUUUAUUUCUUGUCUUCCUUUCUACCUUUUUCUUUUAAAAAAAUAUCUCUUGGUAUUUCCUAAACGUGAAAUUUUGUGAUUUGUACCUUAAUUUUUGGUGUAGGAGGCAUUUCUUGCUUUUCGAUCCGAUCUAGAGAGACCCAAAUGAACUCAGUUUUGCGAGGGGAUGCUAGUUAGUAGCGAAAGGAGAGCGCUCUAUAUAUAGCUUGUUGAUCGUGGCGCGCGGGGGAGUUGACCAAAACUUUACAAAUUUUCACUACUUGAUUUUUUACCUCUUUUCGUCGUCUCUUUUGUGACUUGAGUGAGAAUGGAAUGUCCCGGUUUUCAUGAGCAGGACUUAUCAUGCAAGGAACACGGGCAGCCGUUAAUUUAUCUAUUCAGCCUCCAAGAAAUGGACAUAGUAGAGGAUAGUUAACUAAGGUAAAAGUCGUCAAAUCCCAUUCUUAUAGUUAGCACCCGAAUUU